AUGUCGAGGAACCGAUGUCGAUGUCGACAGAGGAAUAUGAAAAAUAUUGCGGGACAGUUACGAGGGAAAAAAGGAAAACAGUACGUUAAGCGCCUCAAUGACAGAGCUCGACACGAUGUCAAGUACGGAAAAUUAUGUCCAUUCAAGCAGCGCAGCCGAGGAUUAAGCGAAACGGGGGCGCAUCUUCAGGCAGCCUCGCGAGCAGUGCCCGGCGCCGACAGACCGCCUCGACGAGCCGCUUUUAGCCCAACUUCUCUAAUUAAAACGCUACUCGCAACACAAUUUUACGACAGCGCCAUCUAA